AUGUCAUACACAUACAGAGAACGAGAUCGUGAAUGGGAUGAAUACUCGCGGCCUUCUGAGCAUCGUAGCUCUUAUACGGUCAAGCGUUACGUCAUCCCCUCAGACGAUAGUCGUGAUCGUGAACGAGAUUUUUUCCGUCGUGACGAUUCUGGUACCGGUGACCGUGAGUUGGUGAUUCGACGUAGAACCGAGCCUUAUGAGACCGAUUAUGAGGUCCGCCGCGAGUAUCGCGAGCAUGAGCCACGUUCGAUAUAUGAGCCUGAUUAUCAGGUUGUUCACCGUUCCGAUGUCGAGAGAGACCCUCGGGAUGUUGAAUACUAUUAUCAAAGGCGUGUCCGUGAAUACGACGACGAUAGAGAUCGCAUAAGACGGGAGAUCAGCCCUCAUGACUCAGUUUCUCAAGUCAGCACUCGAAGACAUCGUGAUCGCGACUACAGUAGUGACGAUAGCAUGGUCUACAUUCGCAAAGAGACUCGCGAAUACGACGACGAGCCUCACCAUCAUAAACGCCACCUGGCUGAAGGCGCACUUCUCGCGGUAGGGGCUGCUGAACUUCUACGACACCGUAGCAAGAGCCAAGGCCGCGAAGUCUCAGGAGUCGUGGGCCGCGUUGGCAAGGAUGUUGGCGCCGCUGCUUUGGGUGCGAUUGCUGCCAAUGCUGUGGAACAUUAUCGGGGCAAGAGCCACAGACGCUCCUCAUCUGUAGAUGAUGAUGAGCGCCGGCAUCAUCACCGUCACCGUCGCAGCCGCAGCCGCUCUUCAUCUCAUUCAAGAGCCAAGACUCUCGCAGGCAUUGGUCUUGGCGCUGCUGCUCUUGCAGGUGCUGUCGCUUUAGCUCGAAACAGGACCCAAGAUGACAGGCGAAGUCGUUCACGUCACCGCCGAAGAUCGCAAUCCCGCGGCGGUGAUGCCGCUAGUAGGUCAAAGAGUCGAAACAAACACAUGGCAGCGGCAGGUCUUGCGGGUGCUGCUGCUGCAGGUCUUAUUGAGAGGGCUCGCAGUCACUCGCGUUCCAGAUCCAAGAGUCGUCUAAGACAAGGUCUUCCUAUCGUUGCUGCCGGAUUGGGAACCGCAGCAGCGGCCGGUAUCUAUGAGAACUACAAAGCAAAGCAGGAUCAGAGCGCAAAGGGGGAAAGACGCAGCUCCCGUGCGCGUUCUGGAAGUCGAGGUCAAGACUCUACUCUACCAGACCCCGCAAAAGAAUCAGUCGGUCUAAUUGAAUACGGCCACGACCCGGUAUACGGCAACAUUCCUGCGGCAGAUUACUACGGCCGCCCAAACAGCCAGCAAGGCUACUACAAUGAAGCUGUUGUUCCUGCUGUUGGUAACAGAGACGGUCGUGACCGUGGGUACAGCACUUCUAGCUCAGGUUCUGACCGUAGUCACCGUCGCCGACAUCGUCGACGAGAGAAGAAAGAGAGAAGCAGCAGCCGUAUCCGUGACUUGGCAGAAGCUGGUCUUGCAGCAGCCGGUCUGGGUUAUGCAGCCUCCAAGAUCUCCGGCAACAAAAAGGAUAAGAGCCGUCACAGUCGUGAACGGGAAAGCCGACGACAUGAUCAUGACAACGACUCUUACGAAGAGCCAUACGAUCCAGCUCCUUACAUGCCAACACCAUCACCUGGAGCUCCAGGACCUCCAACAGAAAACUAUUAUCCGUACACAAAUAGCUUUCCUCCACCACCAGGAUCAACACCCAACCUUCCACCUACGUCGUAUCAUCCUGGUGAAUAUCCUCCUCCCCCCGCUCCUGGAGCUGUUCCACCGAUGCACGAAUAUCCGCAUCCACCUGGGGCGCCCCCCGGCAAUGAACCUUACGCCCCACAACCACGUAGAGCUGAUGAGAAUGUGAGUGCCCCUUUUCUUGACUCUCAUCACACGGCAGAUGGUGUAAGGGGUCUGUCUGCACAGCCUUCUAGAACAGAUUUGUCUCGUGAUGGCCCUCAUGGAAACUCAAGACGACGAUCCGUUAGUGAACCAGAAACGUCAUCGCAUUCAAAAGCUGUUUCUUUCGACCUGGAUGGCAACGCCAAAGCCGAGAAAGAGAAAUCACGUGCCCAUGAAUCUGCCUCCGGGGGAGGAUACGAGACGGAUGAUAGCGAUUCAACAAUCGAUGGCAAUGAUCGAAGCCAUCAUCACCACCACCACUAUCGCCACCCUCCUCCUCCAUUGCGAAACUCACACUCGUCUAACUCAUAUGCCCCUACACCUAAUAAUGAUAUUCAUUCCCAUCACAAUCACCGCCAUCAAACAUCAAAGCCCAAUCCUGUUUCUCCUACUCGUUCUGCACCAAGGGAUUCUUCUGAUUCUGAAGCGACAAUCGAUCUACCUGAUAGAUUCGAUGCGCAAGGCCGUAAACUGCCAGAAGAGGGCGAUGUUCCUCUUGCAGACUCAGUGGAACACCUGUUGCAAAACAUCUUCUCGAAUGGGCGAUCUCACGAGCGUUCAGCGAACAGGGUGUGGUAA